AUGGCCACCACAGUCGUCACCCGAUCACCAACCCUUUCUCUUAAUGGUCGCAACCUUGUCCCCGUGCGCAGCCAAAUCCAAAUCGUUGACAAAGCUCCUGCCGACGCGUCUGCGAUCAUCUCAUCGAUCAACAAGAAGCAGACUGACAAUGAAUACAAACUGGAAGGCAUAAUCCUGUACAUCUGCAAGAACUAUCCAAAAUGCAGGGCUCUGUGGGCCAUCACCUGGGUGGAAAAGCCAAAAUGUCCCCCACACUUGAUCAAGUUCGCAAAAUACAAGGAGCUGGCUGUGAGGAAGGCGUGCGCCGACUGCGAGUUGGCAGAAUGGGAGCUGGUCGACGAGGCCCAGGCCGAGGACGAGGACGAGGCUGAAGAAUGGGUGGGGGCAUGA